AUGCAGCUGAUCCAGUUCCUCGCGGCGUGGCUGUUCCCCGGCGCCCAGUGCUUUGCAGUGGAAAUGGCCAACGCCGACUCCUCUGAGCUCGACCGCGCGUCGUCGUCGCCGUCGUUCAGCGCCAAUGCCGCCGGAUCGGGCUCCUCCCUCUCCUCCCCGUCCUCGACGUCGUCGAGCGACGGCCACCGUGGCUUCUUUAAGUCCCGGUCCCGGCAGGAGAGCCCCUCCACGACGCCGCUGUGCUUCGGCGCCAGCGGCGGCGUCGGCGUCGGGAGGAGGCUGCUGCUGCGGGGCUCCCGCGCGCGAGCGCCCGCGAAGCAGCCGCAGGAGCAGGAGGAUGCGGUGACCAUGGCGCCCAAGGUCAAGGGAGACGUGGUCGGGAGGUACCUGCGCAAGAUUUCGAGGAGGCUGAGGAAGGCCAGGAGCGACGGUAAGGGGGCGCCGUCAUCCAUGGCCGCCGUUGAUGACACGGCCCGCGAGAGGGCCGAGUCCGUGGCCCGCGCCAUCUCGUACUGCAAGGACACGCUCCGGCGCGGCAAGUCGCGGUCGCGGUCGCCGUCCCCCCCGCCGCCUCCUCCCUCGCCUAGCCUUGACGAGUGGCUCCACGACAGACAGGAGGAGAUCAUCGCGACCGCCGCCGAGCAGCACUGCAACGAGCGCAGUGACCCACGGCCGUCACCGCCGCGUCCUCGCCGGGCCGCCGGAUGGCCCCUUGGGAUGCAGACGAUGGCGAAGCGAUUUAAGGAGUCGCCGUGCCCGUGCCCGGCCUCGCCAAGCCGGGACAGUUUGCUCGCCGCGUGCGCCGUCGCGCACGGCGAGGAGUCACCGCAACCGCAUCACGGCCACGGUUGCCGUGGCGAAUCGUCGAUGAGCAGCUUGGACGAGAUGGAGUUUUUGAAGACAUUCGAUGGGGACGAGGAGAUGAUCAAUCAACAUUUCAUCACUGUGGAGAUCUGA